GCUUUUCGUGAACGGUUCCGUUCCGUUUGGCGCGGUUUCAGUGGAGGGCAUUUCGAUGCGAGGGUGUUGUAUGUGUAGCGGUCUCAACAGUUCUGGUUCUUUCGCAGCUUCCUCAUUUACUUGAAAUGUCGGAUUCUAUGGAAAAAUGGAAGCAGGAAAGAAGAAAGCUUUCCUCAGCGCUUGGUGCUUCAGCGCUACCAAGUCGCGCGAGAGAAAUAAAUUUGGCACAAUCUACUAAGGUUGUUCAAAAAGAGACCAAAUCUCUUACGGGGAAUGAGGGUGAAAAAUCGCAGAGAGAAUCUGUUUCUCUGUCACAGUCCUUGGAUUCAUUCUCUUUAAGAGUUCAGGAAAACAAAGCAAUAAUACAGUCAAAGGUAAACGAGCUAAAUGGGUUAGUUAGUUCAUGUGGACGGCAGUCAGACAAGAUUUGUGAAUGCCGUCUUGGCGUCAAUCAGAGCACAAUCAAGAUUACCAAUGAUGCAAAACUGAAAGAGCUUUUUUCAACUAGGUACAAUAGGGCAUAUCAGAUGAUCCAUAAAUUGUAUUCCAACUCUAAGUGUGUUACUGAUUCACUUCACCAAGUAGCUGCUGUAAGAGAGACCUUUGGAUCACGCCUUGAUGAAAUGAAAGUUAAAGCAGAGGAGAUGAACAAUUAUUUGAAUGAAACUAGCUCAGUAAAUCUUAAGGGUUAUGAAAAAUGCUUAAUGUUGCUCAAGCUAGAAGAGAAAAACAUAGAAGAUGAUAAUGUUGGUACUGAAAAUUGGAUAAAUUCUUUCCAACAGCAAAGUUACAAUGAAAAGAUUUUGAAAAGAGAAGAGGACACUGCAGACGAAGAAUCCUCUAACGACAUACACUCAAAAAUUCUAGAAGCCAAAAAAAUAUCUGAGGAUUUGUCUAACCAUUCAGAAAAAACUCACAUGGAAAAGGACGAGCAAAAGCACUGCCUUCAAAAGAAGUUGGAACUUGUGAAGGGAAACUUCAUAACUGUUGAGGAAGAUUUAGUGUCUCUUCAGCAAGAAUACGAAUCAACCAAUACCGAAGUCUAUUCCCUUCAAAGUGAACUAGCAGAGUCUGGCAAGAGAGUGGACAAGAUUCAAAAUGUCAUUGAACAACUCCAAGGGAAAACAGAUGACCUCAAAGAAUCCCUAUCGCAGAGCAACACAGAACAGAAAGAUAUUGAGGCGCAGUUAAUUUUGGCAAGAGACACCUAUGGGACUCAUAUUGCUGAAAUAGAGGAAACUAAAAAGCAGCUUUCUGAUGAGAAAAAUAGCACUGACCAGCAGGUCAAAGUUUUAGAAGAGGAACUGCUGACAAACAAAUUAGCAUUAGUUGAAAGAAAACAAUCUUUACAGGAGGCUCUUCAAGCAACAAGAUCAAAAGGGUCUGACAUACUCCUGGAGGAAGAAAAUUUGCAGAGUGCCCUAGUGCAAUUACAAAGUGACUUAGAAACUGUUCUUUUAGACAGAAGUCAACUUGUAGAGGCCAACAGUUCUUUAGAAAACUAUGUAGCCACCAUUGAUAGUGAAAUCCAACAUCUGACAAAGGAGGCAGAAGAGCAAAGAAGAUCUAUCGAUAAUGAAAUACGUACCACCAAGAUUCUAGAACAGAGUCUCACUACAAGCAAACAUCAUCUUGAGGAAUCACUAUCUGAAUAUAAUCACGAUUUAACAGUGGCAACCAAUGAAGAAAGUUGUGCAACAGAGGAACUCAAUGCUGUGGAAACAGAAGAUCAAGAGCUUGUUGCUAAAAUUCAAAUGCUCCAGAAUGAGAUAGCUGAAUCUCAGUUAAUGACAACUCAACAGCAUAAUUUAAUCACAAAAGAAUUAAAAGAGAGAAUUCUGAAAUUGCAAGGUGAAGUAGAAUCUGAAAGCAAGAAAAAAGAAGUGCAGUUAAACACAUUUGAACAAAAAGUAGAACUUAAAAAUGGCGACAUAAUGAAGGCAAAUGCACUGAUCAACAGUUUACAAAAUUCAAUUUCUUCAAAAAAUCAAGAAUUGAAAAGAAUUGAAAUCGCAUUUAAAAAUAAAUUAGAUGAAAAAAGGAAAAGUGAAAAAAUUGUUGUAAAAAGUCAACAAGAGAUUUUAAAAUGUGAAGAAAACCUUCAUGACAAUCACAAAAAGGGAGAAGAAAUGACAUUAAAACUACAGGACAUGGAUCUUAAAAUGGAGAGUCUCGACAAGAAUAUAGAUGAGCUACAACUUGUGCAGAAAGAGAAAGAAACACUUCUUUCAUCAUCAUUAAAAGAUUAUGAUAAAGAAAAACAGAUCUUGCUUCGAGACACGUUUAACUAUAACUCAACUGCUGAAUGCUGUGCUGAUGAAGCAAAAUUAUUGAAGAAACAAUUGAUUUCUUGGAAAGAAAAACUUGAUAAUGUGCAAGGUGAAUCUGUAAAGGUGACAGGAAUGAUAGAAUCACUCUCCUCAAGCAUAGAAAAUUUCAAAAUAGAGGUGAAUGAUCUUGAUAGAAAAAAGCAAGAGCACUUGAAGAGAAGUUCAGUUCUUGCCAAAGACCUUAGACAAGUUGAAAUAGAGACUUCACAUAUCAAGGCAAAAUAUACCCGCCUUAAAAAAAAAUUUGAUGCUCUAACUGCACUGAAAGCACAGAAGAAAGAAGCUGCAGCUGCAGCAUCUCAAAUGAUCACUGAAGGCACCUUUCAGGUUGCAACAGCUCAAGGUGAAGUAACACCACAGUUUAGUUCAUCUAGUCGAGGUCCGGGAGAGAGUACCGGGGGAAAGGAUGAUACUCCAAAGUCCAUCUUGAAAACUCCUUUAAAGUCUUCCACACCCCAGGCAAAGAAACAUGUAAAAUUUGUGGACGAUGCUUCGGAACUGCCAAGUUCUGGUAGUACUAUAAUAAUGGGAUAUGACUUUGCUGAUGAACAGGAGGCAAACCCUGAUAAUAGAUCUCAGAUAUUAACUCAACACAAUGAUCGUAAGAAAGCAGAACAAGUUAUAUUGAAGACUCAAAGCUCUCUUCAAACAGAUGUAGUACCACCACAGGCAAAGAAGAGGAAAAUUUGUGAGGCUGGUCCAAGCACUUUCAAAAUUCCAGAAUCAGCUGUAUCUCAAAGGGUUGCUGCUCCACAACAGCCCAUAUUUUUUCCAAAUAAGGAUAGUAAAAAUAAAGAAAACAAGAGUUAUUUGGAUGAUGACAAUAGCUCUACAAGCUCUAUCAUGAUGGCGGAUUAUGCUGAGGAGCUUGAGAAAAACCCUUACUAUAUCCACACAAUUAAGGCUCAACAACAGGAGCAGAGAAGCUCAAAGAAGAUGAAAAUGGUAACAAAAAACACUUAUGAAAAUACAAAUUUAGUACGUGGCAGAAGUUCAGUAAUUUAUCUAUUUAAUCGAUUUGCAAUUCUUCUCAGAACAUGUCUUCUAGUGCAGUCACAAAGGAACUUACCACCCCAUUGCAAGAAAUGGGCGGUGAGAAUGAAAUUUCUUCCUCCACUCCAGAAUCUCAGAUGGAUUGGCUCAAGUGAUCCUUCAGUUUGUGACCUCGCAUAGACAGCAACCUUUAUUAAAU